AUGGUCCCUGCUGAGGGGAACUCGAGUGCCUCUUCUCUGCCUGGGCACUGCCCCAACUGCAGCCUGGCGUCGUUGGCCUCGGUACCCGUGGGCAAGGCGGUGGCACUGGGGCUGGUGCUACUGGUGUUCAUGGUGUGUGGUGUGCUGGGCAACAUCCUGGUCAUCCUGUCGGUAGCGUGCCACCGGCACCUGCGCUCCGUGACACACUACUUUAUCGUGAACCUGGCGGUGGCCGACCUGCUGCUGAGCGCGGCCGUGCUGCCCUUCUCGCUGGCCGCGGAGCUGCUGGGCCGCUGGGUGUUCGGUCGGCUGCUCUGCAGUGUCUGGACGGCGCUGGACGUCCUCUGCUGCACCGCCUCAAUCCUCAGCCUGUGCGCAAUCUCCGUUGACUGCUACCUUGCCGUGAGCCGACCGCUGCAGUACCCGCAGAUUGCGACCGGGCGCCGCGCUGCGGUGACGUUGGUGUUGCUCUGGACGCUGGCGGCGGCCAUCUCGGUCGGGCCGCUCCUGGGCUGGCGGGAGCCGAUGCCCGAGGACGAAUCGGUGUGCCGCGUGAACGAGGAGCCAGGCUACGCCCUCUUCUCCGCCCUCGGCUCCUUCUACGUGCCGCUGGGCGUCAUCCUGUUCAUGUACUGCCGUGUUUACGUGGUGGCGAGCCGUCACUCUCGCGCCCGCAGCCGCUCCCGCACCCGAUCGCUGGACCCCGAGGCUGCGACGCUUCGGAUCCACCGAGGGAGCAGCCAGAAGGCCCGGCACCAGGAUGGGGGUGGGGGAGGGACGGAACAGGAGGAGGGGCCUGUGAAGAGAGGCGGGCGCUGCAGCCUGCUCCGCCUGCUGAGGUUCUCGCGGGAGCAGAAGGCGGCCAAGACGCUGGGCAUGGUGGUGGGCUGCUUCAUCCUCUGCUGGCUGCCCUUCUUCCUGGUGCUGCCCAUCGGCUCCAUGUUCCCGGCCUACCACCCAUCUGAGACAGUGUUCAAGGUGACGUUCUGGCUGGGCUACUUCAACAGCUGCCUGAACCCCAUCAUCUACCCGUGCUUCAGCCAGGACUUUAAGAGGGCCUUCCUCAGCGUGCUCCGCAGACAGUGUCUGAACCACAGACCCUCCUCCAGUCCCGCUACGCACCCUCCACCCAGCUCACCCCCUCCCUCAGAAACCCCUGAGUCUCUGCCCCGCGCCCACCACCCCCCCUCUGUGCCCCACGCUCCCACUUGCACUCCAGUGUGCCUCCGCUGCGUCACUCCGCUGGGGGGGUUGCUGUACCCAGGGGAGAGGGAGCUCCCCUACCCCCUGCUCUCCCUCUGACCCUCUCCCCCCUGCCCCUGUCCUAACCCCUGCCUAAGACCUUAAGGCUCUUGGUCUGGGUCUGGCUGAAUUCUUUUGGGCACACUAACACAUCCCCACCUCCAGUAUCUACCACCCAUACUGCAGCAGUACCCGCCCCCUCAUCCCCCUAGGAGUGUCUCCCUCCCCACCUACCACAGGAUCAACCCCCACCAUGUUUAGCCCCACUCCAAAGGAAUCUGCCACCAUUACCCCAGCCAUACCCGCCCCCCAGUCCUAUGCUAUGCAGAAACUCCAAACCCUGGACCCCUACGCCUGGAGAUGACCCGGCAUGCAGCUGUGUUUGGACUGUAUCAAGGC